AUGACGGACGAAUCGCAGUGCCGCUGUUGUGUUGCCGCAACCUCGAGCCUGGACAAGCUGAGUCGGCCUGGUGGAGAUAGUGACAGAGCUCCCCUGAGCUGCAACCAGGUAAGGACGUAA